GAAGCCAAUCUGAAAAGACUACAUAGUAUAUUGAUCAAUAUUCUUGAAAACAUAAAAAUUUGGAGACAGUAAAAAGAUUGGUGGUUGCCAGGAGUUAGGGGAGAGGGAUGAACAGGUAGAGCACACAGGAUUGUUAGGGCAAUGCAAAUACUCUGACACCAUCAUGGUGGACACAUGUCACUAUACAUUUGCCCAAACUCACAGAAUGCAUAACACCAAGAGCGAACCUCAGUGUAAACUAUAAACUCUAGGUGAUAAUAAUGUGUCAAUGCAGGUUCAUUAAUUGUAAUAAAUGUACAAUUCUGGUGGGGGAUGUUGAUAAUGUGGGAGCUCAAGAGUUAAAAUAUUUUAACUUUAGUUAUAGUUAAUAGGCUUAGUAAUUAAAACCCGUCGAAAGCUGUUGUUCCAGGGACUGGAAUGUAUGAGUGGAUCUACCCUGACUCUAAGAGGCCUACAAGCAAUUCAACUUUUGUGCCCCAGGAGGAACGCAAGUGAUCAAGAUGGCAUCUGAGCCACUGUGUUCCAGGGAGAGAAUGUCUGCUGACCUUGACACAGAUAGAGAGUUGCUGGUCACUUCUGCGUGGGACCAAAGUGCGGCAGUGGGGCAGGGGCUGGCAACUCCAGUGUCAACCAUGGCACACAGUGGCCUCAUGGUACCUUUGAUUGUGAUGAGCAUGUUCUGGAACAUCUUUGGCCUCCUGAUCCCCUGGUUCAUCCCUAAGGGUCCCAACCAGGGAGUUAUCAUUACCAUACUGGCAACCUGUUCAGUUUGCUGCUGUCUCUUUUGGCUGAUUGCAAUUCUGGCCCAACUCAACUAUCUCUUUGGACCAGAGUUGAAAAAUGAAACCAGUUGGUAUCUCAAACAUCAUUGUCCCUGAAGAAGACCCACUGUCCAGUGCUCAGCCACUGAGGUCAUGAAGAGAAUUCCUCUAGAUGCAAAGCCACCUCCAAACCCAGACUGCCUUCCUUGACUCGCCUGUUUUGGCCAUCAGCUGCCUUAAACGUUCACACCAUAGCUGAAUACCUUAUUCUACAAUGCAGCAAUUUUCCUGUACCUUUUUUAUGCUUUGAUGAAUUAUGUGCCUCCUUACAUAAAAUGUGUCUGCACACUUCUGAGAUAAAAGGUGCUAUUCUUCUGAGAAACGUGCACUCUCUCCUUGACACCUGUGAAUUCGAAGAUGGCUCCUGCUUGCUUAUGACAUGGGAAUCAGCGACAAGUUUAAAAACUGUCAUGAGACAGUAACACUCCAGUGCGGCAGCCAAAAGAGCAUGUUCAAGAGGAGAUCUGUCCCAAAAGAAUCACACCAAGUAUAUUUUCAGGAUGAAAUUUCUUACUUCUGCCAUCUUUUGAGAUAAAUUAUUUUCCUGCUUUCUA